AUGUCUGUCACUUUCGACUCUAUGUGGGCCGAGUGUCUACGAGUCAUUGCAAACGAGACUGGGUUUGGAGUUGACGACAUUGAUGAUGAUGACGACUUUACCACAGAUCUUGGAGUCAAUCCAAUAGUCUUACGGUCUAUGGUUAGAUGCUUGAAGGUCAUACUGAAACAAGACAUUCCCUCUGCCGUAUUUACCCAGUAUCCGACAAUCAAAGAAUUUCGCGAGGGAUAUCUUCAGGCUUGCUUCGAGUCUGAGAAGUCAAGACCACAAUCUCAGCACAGUGAUAAGUUUCCAGCUCUAGUCGUGGGGAAAAACCCAAAGAACACUCCAAAUAAGACAAAAUCUCGGAUUCCAGUCUCCAUGGUUCUGCAGGGAAAGCCGGCAACAGAUGAAUCCACAACCAAUAUCUUCCUCCUCCCUGACGGUAGCGGUUCUGGCAUGGCCUACGCGGCAAUGCCACAUAUCUACCCAUAUAGUGUUUGCCUGAUCGCCAUGAAUAGCCCCUAUUUAAACAGUGCAACCGAAUAUCGGUGCUCGAUCAAUGAAAUUGCCCGUCAGUACGUGAAGGAAAUCCGGCAGCGUCAGCCUCAUGGCCCCUACAUUAUAGGCGGAUGGUCCGCAGGCGGGUAUUACUCUACAGAAGUAGUGCGUGAGCUUGCUCGUCAAGGGGAACGUGUUCGCAAACUGAUUCUGCUUGACUCACCCUGUCGUCCGGACUUUGAGGAUCUUCCCAUGGAAGUGGUAGAGUACUUAUCAAGAAAUAACCUCAUGGGAAAUUGGGGGAGCAAUUCUCGUAUUGAUAAUGUGCCACAGUGGGUGCUCGCCCAUUUCCGCUCUACUCUUCGCGCGGUCCGUGAGUAUAUUCCGGAGCCUGUGGAUUCGACUGAUGGCCCCGAGGAGGUCUGCAUCAUCUGGAGUAGGGACGGAGUACUGCCCAUCCAAGAGCUUGAGAAGACGGGAUUGGAUCUGAGUGUCCGCGUUUCGCGGUUUCUGCUUGAGGGAAAACCUGAUCUUACCAGGGCUUACGGAUGGGAUCGCCUGUUCCCUGAAUCCCGGUUUAGCAUUUCCUCAAUGCCUGGCAAUCACUUCUCAUUGAUUAAUAAACCAAACAUCAAUGAGCUCGCCGUGCUGUUGCGAGAUGUGGUCACGGAGCCAAGUCAACGACAAAGGAGUUGGUAUUCAUUUCAGUAG